UCUGCAGUGUACGCCACUAAUUUACCUGCUCAACUCAUCUGCUUUGCCAGAAAUGCUAGAAAUACUAGGAAUUACAUCAUUCAAUUAGAGGAAGGACAUUUGGUUGCUUUAACUUCAGCCCUGGAGUGAAAGUUCAGCCUCAGCUGCACCUGCGAGUCAAAAAUGACUCGUCUGUAUUUCGUCCUCUGUCUCCUUUGCAGCUGCUCAGUUUAUGGACAGUCUCCUACAUUUGGACUAAUGGGACUGAAGGUCAACUUAAAGCCACACUUUAAUGGCACUAAACAACUGGACGAAAUCCUGUGGAAGUAUAAUGGUAACAAAGUGGUGGGGUUUGAUGGUAUAAAGCAGCAGGAGUUCGGUCUGUUUGAAAACCGGGUCUCCCUUGACCGGAUUUCUGCAGAACUGAGUAUCACAGGCCUCAGAUUGGACGACAGUGGAGUAUAUGAAUUAGACGUUUACACAGACAAAGUGUUGAAACGGCAAACAUUGAAUUUGGUGGUUUUAGAAAAGCUUGCCAAACCAAACAUAAAAUGUGAGACGAGCAACGAUGGAGAAGAGGCAACGUUGACCUGCUCGGUGGAGUCCAUACAAUGUCAGUACUUAAUGUAUGAGUGGAUCUCACAUGGCACUGGUCAAAGGCUGACAGUACCACUAAGUGAUAAAAGUAAAGAAUAUACCUGUAUAGUGAGAAACCGUCUGAGCAAUGCAACAGCCACAGUCACUGCCAAAACCUGCCACCCUGAUGAAGGUGUCUCUGCACUGACCAUAAGCCUGAUUGUUGCAGUCGUCCUAUUAGUAGCAGCCAUAGCAGUCGUUGUAGACAUCAUAUGCCGCAAGAGACAUAAUAAAGCAUGUUUCAAAAAAGAUGUGGAAAAAACAGAUGACAACGGUUUGAAAAAUGAGACAAAACACAAUGAGGAAAGAACAAGUCUUAUUCACAGAACACUAACUGUUCCCUCUGAUCAGCGACUUGGUGGUGAGCUCCUGUACAACAAUAACACAACUAGUGACCUAGAGAGAAGUGACACACGAAACACAGAGCUGUGCAAACAUGAGAUUCUAGUAAGAGGGUCUGUGAGAAAACAGGUUCAAGAGUUUGAAAAGAAAUCUCAUAUAAGAAAUCUAUUCCAUGGCACUGCAACAGAUUCACCUAGAAAGUCGUCUUGUGAAAGUUCAAACAGCAGCAACAAAGGUGAAGCAGAUGCAGAACAACUGGAUACUUCACAUUCUGACCAGGAAGCUGAACCUGUUAAAAAACAACCUUCUUGUGAGGGUCCAGACGAUGUUCCCAGCAACGAGAAGAGUGAUGCAGAUGCAGAACAUCAGGAUCCUUCACAUUCUGACCAGGAAGUUGAGCCAGGUGGGGAUUUCACUGCUUUGAAUGCAGAGGCACCUGCUGCUCCCUCUGCUCAGCAACCUGUCAGUCCGUCCCACAAUGAUACUAAUAAGACAUCUACAUGUGAUGAUAAUAAAAAUAAUCAAACUGGCAAAGUUGAAGGCCAAAGUCAGAUGCCAUCAGAAGGAAAUGUCCAAGAACUUGUUUCAAAUUUUGUAAACAACCCAGACAAUCAAACAGAUACGAAACAGUCUUUUUGUGCAGAGACAAAACAACUAGAUCCUUUACAUCCUGAGCAGAGAAAUGAAGCAGGGUCUGUGAGACAAAAGGUUCAAGAGUUUAAAAAAAAUCCUCAUAUUAGGAAUCUGUUUCUAGGCACAGCAACAGGUUUGAAUAAUGAGGCACCUCAGAAUAAACACAUCAACCCCCUCAGUGAACCUGCUGCUCCAACUGCUCAGCAACCUGUCAAUCUGUCCCACGAUGAUACUAAUAUGACAUCUACAUGUGAUGAACCUUAUAAUAAAAAUGAUCAAACUGGAAAAGAAGAUGGUCAAAGUCAGAUGCCACCAGAAGGAAUUGUCCACAAACGUGUUUUAGAAUUUGAAUAUAUCCCAGACAAUCAAACAGAUCAACAAAAGCAGCUCCAUAAAGAUGGGGGUGAAGAACCUCCUGCAAAGGAAACAGUCAGAUAUCUGGGCACGCGGUUUCCAGCUGUGGGAACCAAGGAUACUACUGAACACAAUGAAGGUGCAGACUCUGAUCAGGUGACAGACGAAACUAAAGCGGAAAAUGUUGAACUGUCUGAAUGUGAGAAAAACAACGAUCCAAAUAAAAAAAGUCAAAUAAGAAAAGCAGUUUCUGAUCAAACUGAAUCAGACAAUAAUCAGUCUCAGAGACCUCCAAACCCAGAAAAACCAGACCAGAGCAACUCACUACAGGAGUCUCCAGAUGCCACACAUUCUGACUUAGAUCAACAAACACAAGAUAAGGUGGAGUGUGAUUCACCCAAGUGUGAGGAGCAGUCAGACAACAACACAACUGUCAGCAAGGAAAACAAUGGUAAAGAGGAAGGAGACACUGAUGACAAUGAAGGCCAAUGCAGUGGAAAAGAAAAGCAGCCAGACAAGGAGAGUGAUGAUGAAGAAGAUACAGAAGAGACGAUGUUAGAAGAACAGUCUGCUAAAGAGAGUGAGAGUAAAGACACAGAAGAGAUAGGGUUACAACAGUCAGAUAAAGAGAGUGAUGAUGAGGAGACAAGGUUAGAAGAGUCAGAUGAAGAUGGUAAUGAUGAAGAUACAGAACAGAAGAUGUUAGUAAAAUAAGUGUUAUACCGUUAUAAUAAUGAUAACAAUAAAUAAUGUUAGCGCAGCAUAACAUUUAACAUUUAUAGUUUGUUUCAUUACAUUUAAUGAUGAUGCAUAAAUGUGUCAGCUAAUGAUGCUUUGUUUAAUUAAGCUUUAUUUAACAGCACUCGUCUGGUAAAGCUCAUCUUCUCUACCUGUAUUAAAGACACUACAGUGGAACUAACUUCUGUCCUGGAAAGAUACUGAGUUAUUAGUAUAUUAUAUACAGUCAUUGACAACUUCAUUAGACAGAACUGCUUUUACCAGGUUGCCAGUUUUACAGAAAUCACAGUGGUUGCAGGUUCUAAUGUUUCUGGGCCCCACAUUUAAAAUGAAGGAAGGGUGAUAAUAGACCAUCCCAUAAUUUAAUGCACUCCAGGACAACUGUGAUCUUUGUAGUAAACAUGUGGAUAUAAACAUGUAGUCAAACCACCUGUCUAACUUCCUGUAGAGGUGUCUUACUAAAACGGUCAGGGAGGGUAAAACAUUUAUCAGAACCUGUUUUAUGCACUUAUAAUAAGAAUUUCAUUCCUGCUAACCAGCUGCUGUAACUAUUCACUUUAAUCACACUACAGCUUCUACUUUUGUGUUUGUUUUCUGUUAUUUUGCUGUGGACAGCGUUUUAAAAGGCACUAAUGUCACUGUAAACAAAGCGCUAAAGGCAUCAAUAAUAAG